CGCCGGGCAGAGGAGCUGGAGCCGGCAAGCAGGAGGCGGCGGUGGCUGUGGAGGCUGCGGAGGCGAUGGCAGGGAAAGAAUUGGAACGAUGCCAGCGGCAGGCGGACGAAGUGACGGAAAUCAUGCUCAACAAUUUCGACAAAGUCCUGGAGCGUGAUGGCAAGCUGGCAGAGCUGGAGCAGCGCUCAGACCAGCUCCUGGACAUGAGUUCAGCCUUCAGCAAGACAACCAAGACUCUAGCCCAGAAGAAGCGCUGGGAGAAUAUCCGGUUCCGGAUCUACCUGGGGCUGGCAGUGGCCGGUGGCCUGCUCAUCAUCCUGAUUGUGCUGCUGGUCAACUUUCUUAGUAAACCCUAAGCCUAGGAUGCAAGCACUGGCUUAAGGACUGGGGACUGACCCAGCCAGGCCUGGAGGACAGGCUGAAUGGCUGCACUGACCUCUUCUGGUCAGAGAAUCCUGGCGCUUGCUUGUGCCUAGGCCACCGAGUGAGUGCUGAAGGGCAUCCUGGAUAUGUGCACAUCUGCAUCUCCCAUCAUGCCAUAGACUGGCCCUUGAGGGCAGCCUGCUGCACUGGCCCUAUUAGGCAACACCGCUGGAGCUCAGUAAAAGCUGCUGUUUGGUUAAAA